GAGACGUCUUCGUCUUCGGGAGGAUUUCGUCAAAGUACUUCGGAUCCUCCUAGCCUGAGCGACCAUGCUUUGACAAGGCAUAUGGAUCUCAGGCAGCUUUCAUUCAUAAAGAGAAGAAAUGGAUUGAUAGACCAGAAAGUUCAAUCAGCAGGUUCGUGUAUAGCAUCAAGCAGUGACAGCAGUAGAGCAAUUUUUAGUCAUAGAAGAGAGACUACUGAUGACAGUGAGUACGAUGUAGAAGAAAACGACGACGAGGAAGAAGGAUUAGAAUAUGGCGAUGACGACCACGCGGGGGAGUGGGAGGACGAGGAAGAAGUGUGUAAGGAUACGGGGAAGAGGGAAACAAUGACAGAAAGUCAACGUCGCGCAGAGCGGCUCCGUCUAUUGCCCAGUCUUAUUGACUCUGAGCAGGCCGUUAUUUUGCAGGCAAGCAUUGUCCUUGAUCAAUGCGAUGCCUAUGCGGCCGCCUUCAUGGCCGAGCCUGACUCCCGAUCCCCUGGUUCGAGACUCAUCCCGACUGAUUCUAUCGGCCUUGAUGCGGCCCGGCCAUCCUCAGUACCAGCCUGGUAUUUAGGGGAUGUUUCCGGGGCACAAAUUCUUAAACUUCAAACUAGCCCCAAAUCUCUCAGCAACGGGGACGCUGGUAAUAGAUCUUUUGGAUACCGGCCUUGGAAACAAGGGCGGCCUAAAGCGAGGGAGGAGCGUGAAGGGAAGGAGGAACACGGAACCAAGUGGGAAGAAGGGGAGUUGGCUGGUCGUCUGGUAGAUAUGGGGCCGGGCUCUGGCGCGCACGUUGAAGCAAGUAGAACUUUGCUUGUCGCCUGUGAGUUAUAA